GCCGACCAUGUCAGGGUUCCUGCGCCGGGGGGUGCAGCAGCCCCCGCGCCGCCCCCCCUCUCCUCGACAGCGCUGCACAGCCCCCGGCACCCUCCCGAGCACGGCAUGCCGGCGAGCAGGGGCAAACCGCACCAGGCUGGCAAGCGGGAGAAGAGAACGCUGGUGCUCAGGGACAGAAAUCUGUGUGGCUCGAAUGAAGAAAAGCUGAAGCCCAGUGCCCCAGGCGACGUGGUGUGUUGCAGUGACCAAAACGAUAACCUGGAAGUGAAGCCCCAUUCGUACUUGGAAGCCAUUUGCAGUGGACUGGAAGAGGCGGUGGCUGGGAGCUCCUGUGCCGAUGGAGAGCAGCUGUGUCCGUACGCUGCGGCGGGAGCGUGCCACUUCGGAGAUCGCUGCCUGUACCUCCACGGGGACGUGUGUGAGAUCUGCGGGCUGCAAGUGCUUCACCCUUUCGACCAAGAGCAGCGGAAGGCUCACGAGAUGAUGUGCAUGGCGACGUUUGAGCACAACAUGGAGAAGGCCUUCGCCUUUCAGGCGAGUCAGGACAAAGUGUGCAGUAUCUGCAUGGAAGUGGUGUACGAGAAACCGUCGGCCUCCGAGAGGAGGUUUGGGAUCCUUUCCAACUGCAACCACACGUACUGCUUGUCCUGCAUCCGGCAGUGGAGGUGUGCCAAGCAGUUCGAGAAUCCCAUCAUCAAGUCUUGCCCGGAGUGCCGUGUGAUAUCCGAGUUUGUCAUUCCCAGUGCCUACUGGGUAGAAGACCAGGAGAAGAAAAACGAGCUGAUUGAAGCCUUUAAGCAGGGAGUGGGGAAAAAACCCUGCAAGUACUUUGAACAAGGGAAAGGAACUUGCCCGUUUGGAGGGAAGUGUCUUUACCUUCAUGCUUAUCCAGACGGGACGCGAGCUGAACCUGAAAAGCCACGGAAGCAGCUGAGCUCCGAGGGGACUGUGCGGUUCUUCAAUUCUGUUCGGCUGUGGGACUUCAUUGAAGACAGGGAGAGCAGGACUGUGAGCAGCGCAGAGGAGGACGUGACGGAACUCGGAGAACUGUUCAUGCACCUUUCCGGGGCCGAGGAGGAUCCUGCUACUUCUCAGUGAAGAGAACCACAGGUGCUUCCCUCUGUAGCAAUCCAGCUAUUUAUUUAGCCAUGCUUUUACUCUCUGCAGCACAGUUAGGAUGAAUGUGCCCUGUGGUUUACUCGUGCAGUCCUAGUAAAGUUUUCAGAUAGUUUUGUAUGGCAACAAAAAUACUAAAAUAUAUUUCAAGCAUGGAAAAAAUCCCUGAAUCC